CACCGAAAUUGUCGCUGCCACAGUCGCGGCAGCAAGCAAUCAGCAGCCUGCAAUCACAAACCUGCAAGCUGAAACCUGCAACAUCUAAAAUAAAUCACAAUCGCAAUUCAACUCAAUCACCUAUCGAAACUCAUUAAGGGAAUCCAGCCGUGUCGUUCUCAUUAUAUUUUUUUCAAAUUUUUUACUGUGCGUGCAUCGGCAUAAACGAUUUGAAUCGCCAGCUGGCGGCAUCCGAGAUCCAAGAGCUAGCGAGGAGGUGCUGAUCCCACAAAGAGCACAAUAAAAUCGGCGAAAGUUGCAAAAUGCAUUCCACGGCAUGCGGCGUAGGAGCCUCGGCCACAAACCUCUCAACACUGCAAUCCUCCAUCACAAUCACACCGGGACCAGCGAGCACAGGACCAGGAGGAGCAGCAGCAGCGGAUGCCCACAAAAUGGUGCACCACAGCGAGGAUGCCAUGAACAAGAUUCCACUGAAGUCCGCCGGGGGACUGGACUCCGACGAGGAGAAGAAUGGGGGCGAACUCAUGCAGGACACUGCUGCCGCCGAGGAGGCGCGUCGCGAACAGAUGCGUGUCAAGGUCCUGGCCUGGAUGAAGAAGCUGACCAUCGUGCUGAUCUGCUUCAUCGGCAUCGCCCUGAUCAGCUACGUGAUCAUCAGCCUGUGCUUCAGUGACUGGCCAAAAUCGAAUAGAAACAGCACAACAACCACGACGACGACCACAACAACAACCACAGAGGCAACCCUGACAGCAGCAGCAACAGCAACAGAAAUUGCACUUGCCAUUGCAACAGCAACAGAUGCUGCAAGUAGCCCAGCACCGCCGGCAACAGCAGCAGCAGUAGCACCACCGGCAAUUGCAACCAAUACUAGCACCACCACCUCCACCACCACAACAACAACAACAAGUACAACACCACCACCAACAACAACAGCCAGCAGAACAGAAAGCAAUCCCAGCCCCACACUUAAACCAUUUCAUUUGACAGAUGAGCAGCCACCCGAGGGAGCGGAUGCGGACGCGGCCACGGAGAGCAUUGGCAACCUGAAUCUGGCCUCCGGGAGAACGGCCAGCACGCCGGCGGAGGACGCCCUGCCCAAUGUGGCCGCCUCCACGUCGGCCACCACGGCGGCGCCGCCCGCCUGGCUGGCGGACCAGAUCAGGAUCGACACCAGCGAGCACUACGAGUCGGAGCUCGGGGUCUACCAGCACGGAGCGGUGAGCUCCGACAACCUCGAGUGCAGCAAGAUCGGAAGCGGCAUCCUGCAGAAGAACGGCAGCGCGGUGGACGCCGCGAUCGCCGCCCUCCUCUGCAACGGCCUGCUGACCCUGCAGAGCAUGGGCCUCGGCGGCGGGCACCUGAUGAACGUUUACGACCGGAAGGAGCAGCUGGCCAUCGCCAUCGAUGCCCGCGAAGUGGCUCCCUACGAUGCCACCGAGGAAAUGUUCGCGAACGAGCCGGAGGCGUCCAACAGGGGGCCGCUGAGCAUCGCUGUGCCCGGCGAGGCGAUGGGCUACCAUGUGGCCCACCAGAAGUUCGGACGACUUCCGUGGGCGGAUCUGGUGGCUCCGUCGCUGGAGCUCUGCGAGAAGGGGUACCACGUGUCGCAGCACAUGGAACGGGCUCUCAAAUACUCAUGGCCGCUCAUCAAGGAGCACGAGCAGUACCAGACUUAUCGGAACGGAGAGACGGGAAAUCCCCAUGCCGCCGGAACGGUGGUGAAGCCGCCAAAGAAUCUCUGCAAGACAUACAAGACCCUUGCCGAAAACGGACCCAUGGACCUGUACAACGGAACGGUGGCCAAGUUGCUGGCUGAGGAUCUGAAGGACGUAGGCAGUAUUAUUAUACCCGACGACCUGGAGACCUACGAGGCCGACGUGGUCAACUCGAUCACCAUGCAGCUGGGCGAGGACACGCUGUAUGUGAUUCCGCCGGUCAGUUCGGGCUCGCUGGUGGCCCACGCCUUGAGCAUCCUGCAGGGCUACAACUUCACCAAACAGGAUCUGGCCACCGAGGAGCUGAGGGCUCGCACCAUCCACAGGUUCGCCGAGGCCAUGAAGUUCGCCUUCGCCCAGCGCUCGGAGUUGGGCGACGUGCACUUCAUCGACGCUCGAGAGCUGGUCAGCCGGCUCAACAGCGUGGACUUCGGGCAGCAGAACCGGGCCAAGAUCAACGACUCCCAUGUCCUGCCCGAUCCCCAGGCGUACGGUGCCAACUCUGCCCCCCAGGAUGAUCCCUAUGGCACCUCCAACCUGGUUGUCCUGGCCCCCAACGGAGAUGCCGUGUCCGUGACCAGCUCAAUUAAUCAGUACUUCGGCUCCGGACUCAUUGGAUCCCGCACGGGCAUUGUGCUGAACAACGGAAUGAACGACUUCUCGGUGGAGAACAACUUCUUCGGACUGCCCCCCUCGCAGGUCAAUAAGAUUGAGCCCCACAAGCGGGCCAUGUCCUCGCAGUCGCCGGUGCUGCUGGCGGACAAGGCGGGCGACAUCCGCCUGGUCAUCGGGGCAGCCGGAGGCAGCAGGAUCAUUCCGGCCGUGGUGGAGGUGGCCGCCAACGUGCUGUGGUUCGGCCAGGACCUGCGCCGGGCGAUCGAUGCGCCGCGCUUCUACCACCAGCUGCUGCCCGACGUCCUCGAGUACGAGGAGGGUCGCUUUCCGGAGGCGGUGCUGCAACUGCUGGCCAAGCGUGGCCACACCCUGAAGCCCGUUUCCGGGCUCAAGGCAUCCGUGGUCACGGCCAUCUCGAGGAACGCCACGGCCAUCUAUGCGAACGCCGACUAUCGCAAGCGCGGCGGAGUCGCAGGCUUCUAGGGUGGCACUCAUCCGCCCAGCCAUCCACGCACACAGUCACCCACACGUCACACACACUCACCGACACACACAGCACACUCACACUCACACACACCACACUGCAUUGAGAUUAGGGUGGACCUUCCCAGGCACAGAGAGCAAUUUCCAUGGAACGAGAGUCGCGGUCUACAGUGAGGGGAAGGCGAAGCAGAUCGAUUCGCAUCAAGUGAAAGUAUUUAAGCUAGCUAUGUCUUUUUUACAUACUAUGUAUAUCGUACGUUAUAUAAAUUUAUAUGCUACUACCUAACUACUACCUUAUACAAUAAAAACAAAACGAAAACCAA